AUGCCGGGAUGGCUGUGCUCACCGCACGUCCGGCUAGGCUGCACCAGGCACAUGUACACGGUACUUGACGUCGGCACCCAUCUGUCCACGGCCGGCGAGUACACUGUACGUACGUACGCCUGCGCCGUACAGCACCUGGGCGGGCUCCCUGCCGUGCGUGCGGGCACAAGCACUCGUGAUGAUUGUUACCGCACAUGGUAUGGUUUGCACGCACAUGCACCAACAUGCACACCUGCGCGCUCACCAUCUGGCGCCAAGGCGGAAUGGACCGCCACGUACCGGCUGCAUGUCACGUCGAGGGAUCGUGUGCGUGGCAUGCAUGCGCUCGUAUCGGCACUCCGCAGCGCGGCCGAGCUGAGCCGCACCCUCGCCUCGGCCGAUACGGCCCAUCGGUGCCUGGGUGUGCGUGCCGCGGUGCGUUGGCGCAGCAUGCGAUGGUACGCGCGCGGGGGCGCCCAACUACACGCACCCACCUAUGCUACGGCAUGCGCGUGUGCUGCACGCAUCGGCUCGAGUCAGCGAGCAGGCCGCGGAGGGCCGGUUGGCGACUCGCGGCGGGUCCGUCCGCGCGGGAGGAACGCACGAAAGGCAUGCGACGACGGAGUAUGCUCGGCACGACAAGUCACGGCAGAGGGUCGCACGAAAAUGCAUACAAGUAGGGCACCAGAGUGCCCGGCACGGCACCACGACCGUGGACGGCACGGAAAGACAGGUGCACGUCACGACGGAGGAAUACUCGCCGCGAAUAAUGCCAGAGGACGGCGCGACAAGGCACGCAGGUCGUUGCACGGCCACAGAGCACCUGGCCCCGCCUGGCGAAAGGCUUCCAAGUACGACCACGGUACCAUGACCACGGAGUAUAACCUGCACGACCACGGAGCACCUGGCAAUUACCACCUCCACCAGAGGACGGCACAAAAGCCGCACGACUAUAGAGUACCUGUCACCAUUAGUUCCAGUGGACCGCACAGAAAGGCAUGCGACGACGGAGUAAUACGUGGUGCUGCAAAUAAUACCAGAGCACCGAUCGAAAAGCCAGGCGACCGCAGAGUAUCAGGUACUGCGACCACAGAGUGCCAGGCACUGCGACUACAGAGUACCCGGUACUGCGACCACCUAGUGCCAGGCACCGCGACCACGGCACCGCACGAAAGGCGCAAGGCGAUUGCAGAGCACUCCGUGCCUAGUACGAUUACUGCCGCACGAAAAGGCAUGCAAGUAAUACUGUACAAGCACGACCACAGAGUACCCGGUACCGACACCGCAGGACCGCCCGAAAGGCAGACGACCACGGCACCGAGUACAGAGUACCCGGCACCGGAGGAGAGGCAAGCGCUCGCACUUGCUCGCACGCAUCCAUAG